AUGUCAAACACACAAUCCAAAAAUAAUUUGCUUGAAGAACAGAAUUCUAAGCUUGAAGCCGAGAUUUCCAAGCUUAGGAAGGAGAAUGCUGAGAUCAAGGCCGAAAAUACAAAAUUAAAACAGGAUAAAGAAGACAUUGAGGCCAGAUUCGCGAAACUAGAGCAGAGUGAUAAAGAAAAAACUGAUCUUAUUGCUAAACUGGAAUGUGAUAUCUCACUAAUUAAGCAGGCUUCAGUAACUUUGCAAUCACUUAUUUCACUGCCAAUUAAAAAUCAUUCUGACAAUACUUCCAAACAGAUAUCUCAAAAAGGUGCAGAAAAUAUAUCUGAUAUGUCUAGCCACUCUGUGACUGCCUCCGGCAAUUCUGAUAUGUCAGAAGUCUUCAACUCAAUGUUCCACGUCAUCUAUCCCCACAAAAACUAA